UUUGUGGACCAGGCACUAUUUUCUCAUGACGAGCGAGGGUGUGGACACUGGGUACGUAGCAAGACAUUCUAUGCUUCAAUUUUGGAGAUUUGCGUGAUUCCUCACUUCUGUUCAACAUUAUACUUACAUUAUAAGUUGCACUGUCUGUCAGAACUUAUUGGGAUCUUCGAAGUGUAGCUGAGCCACUCGGUCAGUAUCAGUGACUGUAGCUGUUCUCUGUCUGCAGAGGGACGAAUGCUCUCCAGGCUAGCCCUGAAUUCUUCUGGUAGCCUCUCUAGUUGGUCCCGGUCCUCCUCAGUCUUAUAGCUGCCCCUGUGAGUGUGAGCUAGCAGAAGAGUGAAACAUGGAUGAUAUCUUCACCCAGUGCCGGGAAGGCAAUGCAGUGGCGGUUCGUCUAUGGUUAGACAACACAGAGAACGACCUCAACCAAGGGGACGACCAUGGCUUCAGCCCCCUGCACUGGGCGUGCCGGGAGGGGCGCUCCAGCGUGGUGGACAUGCUCAUCAUGAGAGGGGCUCGCAUCAACGUCAUGAACCGCGGAGACGACACGCCCCUGCACCUGGCCGCCAGCCACGGACACAGGGACAUUGUGGGGAAGUUGAUCCAGUGCAAAGCAGACACCAACACUGCAAACGAGCAUGGCAACACGCCUCUGCAUUACGCCUGCUUCUGGGGUCAGGACCUGGUGGCUGAGGACCUGGUGACUAACGGGGCCCAGGUUAGCAUCUGUAACAAGUAUGGAGAAACUCCUCUGGACAAAGCAAAACCGCACCUGCGUGACCUUCUCAAAGAGAAGGCAGAGAAGAUGGGGCAGAGCCUGAGCAAGGUUCCCUUCAAGGACUCCUUCUGGAAAGGCACCACCAGGACUCGACCACGUAAUGGCACUCUGAACAAACAUGCUGGCAUUGACUUCAAACAGCUCUCCCUCCUGGCGAAAAUCAAUGAGAACCAGUCUGGAGAGUUGUGGCAAGGCCGUUGGCAGGGAAACGAGGUAGUAGUGAAAGUGUUGAAGGUUCGAGACUGGACCACCAGGAAGAGCAGAGACUUCAACGAAGAGUACCCCAAACUCAGGAUAUUCUCCCAUCCAAACGUGCUGCCCAUGUUGGGGGGUUGUCAGGCUCCUCCCGCCCCCCACCCCAUCAUUAUCACACACUGGAUGCCCUAUGGCUCCCUCUACAACGUGCUGCACGAGGGCACCAACUUUGUUGUUGACCAGACACAAGCGGUGAAGUUUGCUCUGGACAUCGCCUGUGGGAUGGCCUUCCUGCACACCCUGGAGCCAAUGAUCCCUCGCCACUAUCUUAACAGCAAGAGUGUCAUGAUUGACGAAGACAUGACAGCCAGAAUUAGCAUGUCAGACGUUAAGUUCUCCUUCCAGUGUCCUGGUAGGAUGUACUCUCCAGCCUGGGUCGCUCCUGAAGCCCUGCAGAAGAAGCCUGAGGAGAUCAACAGAAGGUCAUCUGACAUGUGGAGCUUCGCCGUGUUGCUUUGGGAGCUGGUCACCAGAGAAGUGCCCUUUGCUGACCUCUCCAACAUGGAAAUCGGCAUGAAGGUGGCCCUGGAAGGCCUCAGGCCCACCAUCCCGCCUGGCAUCUCGCCCCACAUCUGCAAGCUCAUGAAGAUCUGCAUGAAUGAAGAUCCGGCCAAAAGACCUAAGUUUGACAUGAUCGUGCCCAUCCUAGAAAAGAUGCAGGACAAGUGAAACAGCCUUUUCACCUUGAAUGCCCCACCACCACCACCACCACCCCGACCACGAAGCCCCAGAUAUCUUCGGGAAUAUCACCCAGAGAUGUGGUGCUUACCAGUAUUGCCUUAAACUCCUACUGUCACUACUUACUGCUGCUCUCAACGCCACUGUCACUUCUCUGAAAUGAAAACCGCAACAGUCACUUAUUUUAUUCUUGGGUUUGAUUUUAAUUUAGCUUUAUUUCUCUCACUCCCCCCUCUCGACUUACCAAGACUUAUUUUUAUUCGUAUUCUCAACAUCUAUGACAUUGUUGCAUCGUCACGUCCUUGCAGGAAUUACGUUGCAUCAUCACAUCCUUGCAGGAAUCAUGAAUUGACUGUCCAGACUGUUCGUUUCUCAAUCAUGUGGACUAAAUAGCAGCCUCUGUCUGUCUGUGUGACUGUUUAACCUGUGGAGGUCAGUGUUCCACUGCUUCCUUUAAUGUUGAACCUUUCUUUACCUCUGGAGGGGGCUCACUAUCUAAGGUCAGACACUGUAACGCGGCCUGCGCCCUCAUACCUAUAUCUGAUAAUGGAAGCUCUUAUGAAAACAUUACAUGUUAUAUGAUCCUGAAUCUCGUCUUGAAAAAAACUGGUUGUUUUGUUUCUUGUUUGUCGUAUUAAGGGCAAGUUAUAUGUAUGCAAUUGGGUUGUAUGACUACUGCCUCUGCUGUAAGCCUCUGUCAGACCAAAUGUUUCAACAGUGUUCUCCAGGGAGUUAGGAUGAAGAAAGGAAUUCACUUGUCUACAUGUGUACUUCGACAGUGUUACUCCAUUCAUGGAGUUGUAGGGAUGUGUAAUCUAGGAGGUUGUCCUCCUAAACCACAGCCUCGUCUAGACUUGUCUCUGCAAUCACCUGGAGCUGAACUGUAAGUCCGGCCAAAUGUGACUUUAUUUGCUACAUCAGAAAUUCUCACUUUGGUGGUUGCUGUUGCACUUGUAUUUCAUAAAGGAAUAAUCCAUUGUGUUCAUGUCUUCUUCUUCGUGUUGUUCUUUUACCAGCUUGCUUGUGUUCCACCAUUGUGUUUAUGCCUCAGGCAACUUCCAGCAUUUCACAGAAGGAUGAAGAUGCAACGGACAAUAAGGAGAUAACAUUUACAUUUGGCCAUCUGUCACUUUGUUUCCGCUUGCUUUUUUUACUUUAAUACAUUGUUGCAACCCCCCUGGGUUAUUUCCAUCUUUGGCUCAUCAAGUUAAACUGCUUUGUUUUUUAUUUCAUAACAUGCAUUCUUUCUGUACCUCCACUAGCUUGCUUGUUUGUGCUGAAUCACAGGGGUAAAAGCCAAAAACAAGCAUGUCUUAUACCAUACAAAUGUAUGUAAUUUAUAUAAAAGUAUAUUAAAAAGAGAAAUCUGCA